AUGGCUGGUUGGCAAGUCUCACAGCUCAUCCGGCUGACCGCAUACUUGACCCCCCGUCAACAUGACACUAUCCACACACGCGCCCCUCCGAGUUCCCAGCUUCGUCGUCCACACCCCGUUUCCAACGUCGUUUCCAACAUCACCAAUCACCUACACACCCCGGAUGUGCUGCAGUACAGCCCGCUGCAGCACGGGACGCCGUUGUUGCAAAACGACCCUGCCCCGUUGCACCCUCGGCAGACGCUCGAGCUGCUGCAGUACAGCCCGCUGCAGCACGGAACGCCGUUGUUGCAAAACGACCCUGCCCCGUUGCACCCUCGGCAGACGCUCGAGCUGCUGCAAUACAGAUUGUUGCAGCACGGAACGCCGUUGUUGCAAAACGACCCUGCCCCGUUGCACCCUCGGCAGACGCUCGAGCUGCUGCAAUACAGAUUGUUGCAGCACGGAACGCCGUUGUUGCAGAACGAGCCCGCGCCGUUGCAACCCCGGCACACGGUCGAGCUGCUGCAGUACAGGUUGGUGCAGCACGGAACGCCGUUAUUGCAGAACGAGCCCGCUCCGUUGCACCUCUUGUCCAGGCUGGGGGCAGCAGGCGAUGUGUCUUUCAGGGCUGGGCUGGCGAGGCCCAGGCCGAGAAGCCAGGCUGCGACAAUGAGCAGCUUCAUCAUGGAUCACUGCUGGGUUCUGGUCGAGGAGUUAUUGAGUGGAAAAAGGCAAUAG